AUCACACAAGCCGCUGCAUGACAACGCAGCAGUUGGUGCACAAUGCAAUCUGCCCAGAUCGGGGGAAGGCAGGGGCGGACUGACAACUCAUGGGGCCCCCAGGCAAUAGGGGAUCAUGGGGCCCCUGUGUCUUUGCCCAAACUCAAAAAAGCCUAUGAAAAAGGUACCAGGGGCAUCUCAUGGGGCCCCCUACUGACCCCGGGCCCCCGGGCAGUGCCCGAGUUUCCAAAUGGUCAGUCCGCCCCU